AGCAGCCCAUAGCCGCCAUGUCUGCCGCUGCUGCCUUCGACGCCAUCGACAGGAACCACGACGGGGUCAUUACGCGGGAAGAGUUCGCAGCCGUCGGCAACUUCAUCCAGCAGCAACCCGUCACGGCCUCGCUCCCGACCGCCACGCUCGCGCCCACCGUCACGUAUGCCGCGGCGCCGACGAUGACCUACACGGCGGCCGCGCCUGUGACCUACGUGACAUCACCGGGCGUCCAGUACGCGACCGCCCCGGCCAUGGAGCCGGCGCAGCCGGUCACCUACGCCGGGCCGUCGGAGCCCAUGGUGACGUACGCUGCGCCAGAGCAGCCAGGA